UCAAACAGCCAAACACGGCUUAUAAGAUACUCCUUCUCUCUAGAUUCCUCUCUCUCUCUCUCUAUAACUGUAAAAGCAGCAAAAAAUGGCGGUUUCUGCUCGGCGAUCAACCGGACCGGUGCUACGUUCACUUUCACCUGCCGAAAGAUUUUAUUCGUCGAACUCUAGGACGACGUCGUCUUCUGCUUCAUCAAUACGGUUCUCUCUGGACCGUGAGAGUUCUUCCCCAAGCCGGUCUAUUUCUGUUAUGAACCGGGAGAGCACUACGAACCGGCAGUACAAAUCUAUGUCUUCUCAGAAGAAGAUGACGUGUAUGUGUUCGCCGACGACACAUCCAGGUUCAUACCGUUGUAGUAUGCAUAAGAAAACGGACGUUCGAAGGAGCAGUAGCAGUACUCAAACAGUAUCGUCGUCUUAUAAUUUGAAUUCGAACCGGUUGUAUACGAGGCGGUCGGCGAUGACAAAUUCACUUGUACGACUCGGUACUGUUGAAGGCGAAUUGGUGAAACGAGCUUUGGCGGCUUUGAUUCGUCCGUCGUCUCAUCAACAGCGCCGCCGUUACGGUUUUCAGCGCCGACCGAGCCGGCUUUCCAAUAUGUAUAGAACCGAUGAUUCUGCUGAAUGCUGACCUCAGCAACGAUGAAGUGACGUCAGCUGGUACAAGGCGGCGGCGAAGCAUAGCGGCGGAUCGAGUGACUGGGUGGAGGUCGGAACGGAACGGUUUUUUUGUGUAAUCCGGUCGGCCAAAAACUUAAGAUCCGACUGUGUAUAUAUUAGUCUUACUACAUGAAGAAAUUUAUAUAACAUCGAAUCAUCCAGUUUAAUUCUCCCGUUGAUU